AUGCCUAUUGACAACAAUGAAGAUGCCAUCAAAACUUUUGUUGUAUUCGAUUUGGAAACAAAUGGCCUGCCCAAUGAACAAUUCAAUACCUGUUCCAUUACGGAACUUAGCAUGUAUGCAUUUUCGACCGAUUGCCUUAACAGGGAUAAUGUCCAACAGGAUAUAAAGGAGACUGGAAAAAAAUUGCGAAGAGAUGAACUAAUGGAUGGUAUUGCAUGUUUAGAUGAUGGUGAUACUGCGAUUGAAAUACCAGAACUGCCCAGAGUUUUGCAUAAAUUAACUCUAAUGAUCAAUCCCAUGCGAAUGAUAUUUCCUGAAUCGGAGAGAAUAACUGGUCUCAGCAACGAUAUGCUGUGCAAUGAGGCACCAUUUAAUAAAACUACCGCCAAUUGUGUAUUGGCUUUUUUGAGGCGUUUGGAAAAGCCAAUAUGUUUUGUGGCUCACAAUGGUUGGAAAUUUGAUUAUCCCAUCAUUAAAUAUGUUUUCGAAAAGAACGAAAAGAGCAUACCCUCAACCAUCUAUUGUGUUGAUUCAUUUCAAGCCUUUAUUGAAAUGGAUGAAAAACAAGAAGAUAUUAAAAAUCUAAAUAUGAAGCCUCUGGACGAAUUAACACCGCUUGCUUCCGAUUUGAGUCAGCAAUCAACAACAAGUGUCGAUGAGCAGAAUAAUGAAUCAAAUCCAUUAUUAGAAAAUGAUAAAAUUGAUUGGCAAGCGGUCAAUGAAAUAACGCCUCAGCGUAAAACAAAAGCUGUCAAACGCAAACUAUGUGAUGAUGACAGUGAUACUCCCGAGUCAUCGAAGAAAUCUCCUCAUAAGGCAGGGGUAUCAUUUAAAUCGCGCCGUAAAUUAUUUUCAAAACCAUUUCAACCCAAAUUCAAAUAUCCACCCAAGGAUAAAUUUAAGUUGGGUAACAUUUAUGAACGUGUCUUCGGGAAACCACCCACAGAUUUACAUCGUGCCGAAUCGGAUGUUAUGAUAUUAACGAAACUUAUUCUACAUUAUGGUUUGGAUUUUUUGGCAUAUGCCGAAGAGCGUAAGGUAUCAUUUGAUGAGGUCAACAGAUUGGGAGAAAUUUCAUAA